CUAACACACUUAACAAUGGUCUCUCUUUCUCAACUUCUGUCAUGGGCAACGCUUGUUGCAGUAGCUCUCGCUGUUGGCCAAAACGGCGAAUGCCGCACCAUAAGCGACUGUGACAGUGGUUGCAUUGGGAACUCGAAGAGGUACCUUUACUGUCAAACGGAUAAGACUUCGACAACUGGCUUUAGAUGUUUGCUUGGCAGCGCUACAAACCCGGGAUGUGGUUGAGUUAGACGGUUUCUCAAUAGCAUUUUAUAAUAGUUGGAUAAGUGCUGAAGUGUUAUAAGAUUUAGGCUGCAGCUACAUGCGAAAGAGUUAUUUCAGGUGCCACGUGCUAUGGAAACUUGAUCUUGGCGCUGCAGAGAUCUUAGAAACUAAUGUACCACCGUACUUGGUAAGCGUAGUCCUUGAAGCUACUGGAACUCUAA